AUGUAUAAUCAGAAGUUAAUAUGUAAUUUUCAGAAACAUCUUCUAGGACAAAUAAAUAAAAUUAAGAGAGUCCCUUUAAGAAUUUACUCCUCAUGUUACUUCUCAUCAUAUUCAGAUUCUCAAACAAAUGAAAAUCUUAAUGUAGACUUUGGAUUUCAAAAAGUAACAGAACAAGUUAAAAGAAAACUUGUACAUAAUGUAUUCUCAUAUGUCUCAGAUAAGUAUGAUCUAAUGAAUGAUUUAAUGAGUUUUGGGAUUCAUAGAUACUGGAAGGAUAUUUUCGUUAAUACCAUAUUAGAACCGGAAUCAUUUUCCAGGCUCCAAAUAAAAAGUGUAAUGCCUUAUUACCUUGAAAAUGAAAAGUUGCAAUCAAAUGAUAAUUGUUAUAAAUCUCAAUGUUACUCUAUAUUAGAUGUAGCAGGUGGUACUGGAGAUAUUGCCUUCAAAAUUACAGAUGUACUUAGAAAAACUCGACAUUUUCAAAUAAAUGAGUUACCAAUACUAACAGUACUUGAUUCAAAUGAUAAAAUGAUUAAAAAAGGUCAAGAGAGAGCUUUAAAAGAAGGUUAUAGUAAUGUGAUGUGGUUAUGCGAUGAUGGUGAAACAUUAAGUAAAAUCCCAGAUAAUUCCAUUGAUAUUUUAAUUAUUUCCUUUGGAAUAAGAAAUUUCACGAAUAUUUCUAAAGCUCUUAAAUCAUUUAAUAGAGUAUUAAAACCUGGAGGGAGAUUUCUUUGUCUUGAGUUUAGUAAUGUUAAUAAUCCCAUCUUAUCUUAUUUUUAUAAAUUAUAUUCAUUUAACAUUAUACCAUGUCUUGGCAAAAUAGUUGUUGGAGAUCAUCAACCAUAUCAAUAUUUAGUUGAAAGUAUCCAAAAAUUUCCUAGUAAACAUAUUUUUGGAGAUAUGAUAUCUGAUGCUGAUUUCGAGAGUGUAACUUUUGCUGAUAUGACAUUCGGUGUUGUCACUAUCUAUAGUGCAUUUAAGAAAAGAGAUCAUAUAUAA